UGUUAAUCAGGAAGUGCUGCGCUUUGUUUUGAGCGCGAUAUCUUUUCAGGCGUGUGCAGCGCUCUCAUGUAAAACAACUUUUUUGUCGCCGAUGCUGCUAUUGCCUUCCUGGAGAUGAAGUGGAGUCGGCACAGCCAGAGCCAUGCGCACCCAUUGAUUAUGUUCUUUCAACCUCAACAAUGUACCAUUUUUGACAUCUCUGCUGCGUCUGCAGGUGCAUUGAAGGAUAUUCUUACUACCCAGCAUCCACAAUUGGAUGGUGUGUCGGAUGAAAGUGUGGAACCUUCACUAGAUGACAAUCAGGUGCCUAGAACUUUGGCUGGUGAUGGUGCCAUGUUAUCAAAAACAGAUCCAGAUGCAUCACGUGAAGAGGUGUGUAAAGUGGACGCAGCUACACAGUGGGAAGAUAUGACAACUGCCCAUCACACAUAUUCUGCACCUUUAAAGUUGGUAAAUAUCAGAACACCACUUUUGGAAAAGAUGACUGCAGCUGACCUACGAUUCUACACAGGGGUAUCACCAGACAUAUUUAAGAAGCUUGCACUGUGCAUUCAGAGGACACCUUUGCGGCCUUCACAACUUCACACAGAAGACCAGCUGCUUCUAGCACUGAUGCGCUUGAGGCUUGGCCUUCUUUACAGGGACCUAGCAUCGAGAUUUUGUAUUGCACCAUCCUCUGUGUGCAAUAUAUUCAAGAAUGUCCUCAAAUCACUUAAAGAGAUCAUGAAAUAUGUCGUAAUCUGGCUCCCGAGAUCUCGUAUUCAGAGCACUAUGCCAAGUGCAUUCAUAGAAAAUGGUUUUCAAACCACUACGUGCAUAUUCGAUUGCACAGAGGUUGCACUUGAAAGGCCAACCAAACAAAAGCCACGAGCCCAAACCUACAGUUCAUACAAAGCUCAUAAUACUGUAAAGUUUCUUGUGGUAAUUGCUCCAAAUGGCCUUAUUAUGUACAUUUCUCGUGCAUUUGGUGGUCGUGCUUCGGACAAAUUUAUUGUCAGACAGAGUGGCGUCCAGGAAUACCUUGUUCCUGGGGAUGUGAUAAUGGCCGACAGGGGCUUCACUCUGGACCCCUACUUGGAAGCACAGGGAAUCAAAUUGAACAUGCCAGCAUUCACCAAAGAUAUAUGCAUUUGCAAAGGGAAACAUUCUUGCAUCAACAAUUGUGAGCAAGGUUGAACAACCCAUGAAUGAUGCAACAAUGGGAAGGGCCAACUUUCUGAACAGGAAGUCACCUCAACUCGGCGCAUUGCAUCAGUACGAAUACAUGUGGAGCGAGCCAUAAACAGAAUCAAGACGUACAGAAUAUUGAAGUCUGCAUUGAGCAUCAAGUGCAAAGACACAAUUGAUAGCAUGAUCUUUGUGUGUGCAGGCCUCUGUAAUUUAAAGGCACCACUAAUUGCACAGACCAAUGGUCGCACUAGCCAGGAACUGUAAGCAGUUGUAUGAAUAAAUAGUGCAGCCCAGGAAAUUGUUUUUACUGAGCGUUCAACCACAGAAGUGAACACAUUGCAGAAGUUCAUAAUGGGGCACACAU